UUUCAAAAAAAUAAAAUGGCAGAACAUAAACUUUCUAUUCCUACUUUAUCUCCAAAAAAUAAAAAUAAUAAAAGUAGCAGUACACAUUCCUCCCCAACAAAAUUAUUUCAUACUUCUUCACCAACACAUUCUUUACUAUAUCUUCGACCUAUUAGCCCUUCAUUACCAAAUAAAAGAAGGCAAUUAUUCCCAGGAAAGGCCCACAGAUCACUUUCACAAUCUACAAGUUCUACAACUGUACAUUGGUUAAAUAAUAAUAUUGAAAAUGGAGAUAAUGGGAAAAUAAAUUUUGGAAAUGGAUUGAUUGCUAUUUUACAAAAAGCCCUCUGCACCAACAACAAUUCUCAACAAAAUAAUUACCGAACCGUUUUAACAAAUCGAAGAGAGUCCCCCGAUUCUGGACUUGAAUUGGAACAACGAACUGAAGUUAGUGGUUCUGGUAAUGAAGAAAUUAAUGAAAGUAAUGGAGAACGUAAAUUAUCGUCAGCAAAACAGCAAAAUAAAAAGGUAGGAAAAACACAGAAUUUAAUAAAUCUGUCUAGUUUUUACUUUUUUGCGGGGUUAGUAGAAAGAAUUUAUAUUUAUCCAAACUCGUUAUUUUUUAAAAAUUUUAUUUUAAAAUUAGAACCAGACAUUUAUACCAAGUUAUGUUAA